CUGGGACAGCCGGCUUGUAUUUGGAUAGAACACAUAUAUGGGUGAUGAAUUUUCGUUGGCGCUGGUUUUUGCUGCUCAAAUCUACCGGGAGUGACAGCUCUGAUGAUGGGCUUCAAUGUUAUAAAAGCAGUUAAAGGGCAGCGGAUGUUUGCCAGUUUUGGAUAGGAUAUCGUGUUGGUCGUUGCGAUGUAUAUUAUCGGGAUACUCGGGUUUCUUAUAACGUUUCAUAUCAUCAAUGGUCAACGAUUACCGACCGGCGGCAGUGAAUACGACGAGGAGUUCCUUACGAUUUUGGAAUACUUUGGCAAUGUGCGAGUGCUUCACAACAUCCUAACGGAUUAUUCGGAGAUUUCGAAAGAUUGGAACAAUCCAGUUUUUCAGAAGUACGAUCAAAAGGUUGUCGAAACGCUUCAGGAGUAUGUGGACGCCUUGCAGGACAACGAAACGCAGCAUGAUCUGUUGGAUGCUGCCGUGGGUAGUGUUAGGAUUUUGACUAACUUUUGUGGUCCCGGAAAUUGGUCCAUCGAUGGCGAGGUAACGCAGAAUCCAUACUUUACCGAGAUCGAUCAGUGCUGCAAAACGCAUGACGAGUGUCCGGAUACGAUCGUCAGCCGGAAGGAUUACAAAAAGUAUCCUGGGCUGCCUCAAAAACCUCAACUGUUUACGAGAGAACGAUGCGGUUGUGAUGCUAAAUUCUUCGGCUGUCUGCGAAAUGUGGCCACAUUUUUCUCAUACGCUGUCGCCUGGAUCUACAGCAAAGUUCAGAUACACUGCUUUGAGUUUGAAUAUCCCGUGCUACAAUGUCUCGAGACUAUACAAGAUGGACUGCUGUCGGCUCCGAGAUGUGUCAACUAUUCGGUGGAAAAUUUGUCUGGUAAAACGUGGCAAUGGUUCAACAUUCCAUAUCUGAACGCAAAGCAAGAUGCAUUCCCCAAAGUCACUCAUUACCAUCAGAUAUUUUACUACACAUUCAUAGCCCGGAAACAUUGGAUCGGGAUCGAAAAUCGCCUCAAUAGCUGA